AACUUUUUGUCUUUAUUUCAGUGCUUUGACAUUUGUGAGUAAUAAUUUUGGUGGCAUCAUUCCUGAUAUGCAGGUCGGUGAUGGCGAGAAACAGUUGAUUGCUCAAGUUGAUCGUGAAUUGAAGCAAUACAUUAACUGUAUGGAAAAAACAAGAAUGCGAGAUGCUAUCAAAUACCUACUCAAUAUCAGUCGACUUGGAAAUUUUUACAUCCAAUCUAACAAGCCAUGGGAAUUGGUGAAAAAAUCUCCUGCUGAAAAGGCUUUAGCUGGCACUGUUCUUGGCUUAAGUGCAAAUAUUUGCUGCUUGCUUUGCACGUUGAUGGAACCUUACAUGCCUGACACAUGUGCUAAUUUAAAGUCUCAGUUAAACACUGAAAGAAUUCAUCAUGUUUUAAUUGAUGACUUUGUUUGUCUAUUACCGUCGGGACACAAAAUAGGAAAA